AUGCAUCCGAAGGAUGACCGAGGCGGAGAGUCCGGCCUUUCGGGGUUCCAGCGCCCUUCCCCGGGGCUCCCCGCCUCUCCGCGCAGCCGCCGGCGGCACCGUCUGGAGCAGGCGGAGCCCCGCCCGCCCCGGGCAGGAGCCACUUCCGCCUCUGGCCGCAGAUCUGAGCGCGGGGGCGGGGCGGCCCGGGCCGGUCUAGACAACCCGGAGGCGCCAGCCCGGCGGCUGGGGCGCCAGGUGGGCCCGAGCCUCGGGCAGGCCGGGCUGCAGGGACGCAGGCCAGUGGCCAGGCUGGAGGCGCGCUCACUGCCCGGUGGCUGCCGUGGAGAAGAAAAGGGCACAGAUCGGUGGGGUGGGAGGCAGAGGAGGGGGACAGACUGGGAGGGCCGGGAAGUUGGCAGAGUGCUGCAGGGGAGGGAACGCCGUGGGGGCUUGCAGGGAGAGAGACAGGAUUAG